AGUUGAUACACCAAUUUUGCAGUUGAAGGAAUCAGUUAACACCUUCAAAUUCAUAUACCCUUCUAUAAGAAGACAACAAUUAUGUGAAUCCCUUUGAGGAUUCUUCAUUCAAUCAUCCAAACCCAUGUUCGUGCUUUAACUUAGAGCCAGAAAUAGAUUAGGCAACAAGUUUGCAAAAGCCACCUUCACAAUAAGCAAGCAACAUAGGCCAUUUUACAUCUAUAAAUAGUUGGGAAGAGACUCUGUUGCUUCAUCAAUUAAUUGGCCCUAACUCUCUUCUCUGAUUCUCAUAUUUCAUCAAGUAAAAGUUUAAGUAUGGAGAUCACUAAAAUCAUAAUUGCUUUGUCACUGUUUGUGUCAUGUUUGAGUGUGCAGGCCAAUGCAUAUUAUUACAGACAAUGUAGCACCAAAGGAAGUCGAUGCUAUGGAAAAUACAUUAGAUGUCCGAAUGAGUGUCCCAGCAGUGAAUCAACAGAUCCUAAGGCUAAGGUUUGUCACAUUGAUUGCGACAAACCCAUAUGCAGGGCUGUAUGCAGAAGUCGGAAACCAAACUGCAAUGCGCCAGGAUCAGGUUGCUUUGAUCCGCGUUUCAUUGGUGGGGAUGGGAGAGUAUUCUACUUCCACGGAAAGAGCAAUGAACACUUCUCUUUAGUUUCAGACUCUUCCCUUCAAAUCAAUGCUCGCUUCAUUGGACACAGGCCAGAAGGUAGAGCCAGAGACUACACAUGGAUUCAAGCCCUUGGAAUCCUCUUCAACUCCAAAAGCUUAUCACUUGAAGCACCCAAAACACCUCAAUGGAAUGAAGAUGUUGACCAUCUCAAAUUCACAUACAAUGGAGACCAUUUGGUUCUUCCUGAGGGCCCUCUCUCCUCUUGGCACUCUCCAGAAAAAGAUGUGAAAGUGGAGAGAGUAGCUGCCAGGAACAGUGUGAUAGUGACCAUAGAGGAUGUUGCUGAAAUAUUGGUGAAUGUGGUGCCAGUGACCAAAGAAGAUGAUGCAGUUCACAACUACCAAGUGCCUGAGGAUGAUUGCUUUGCUCACUUGGAAGUUCAAUUCAGGUUCUUUGGGUUGUCUCCUAAGGUGGAUGGUGUGCUUGGAAGGACUUAUAGGGAAGAUUUUGAGAACCCUGCAAAGGUUGGUGUUCCAAUGCCUGUUGUUGGAGGAGAGGACAAAUACAGGACUACCUCCUUGCUUUCUCCCAACUGUGCUUCUUGUGUCUUCUCUCCACUUACUUCCCAUCACACUGAGCCCACUCAACUCACUCCAGAGUUCAUGGCCACCCUUGAUUGCUCCAAGUUUUCCUAUGGCUUGGGAAUCGUUUGCAAGAAAUGAAAAAUCUCAUUCAUUAGUGUUUGAAUGUUUGGGUCUAACCUUCUAAAAAAUAAUGUCUCAAACAGUUUUUGUUGCUUCUUUGUCUGUGUGUUGGUUAAUGAUGUUGUGCAAGUCUCCUAAUAUUGGUGUGUAUUGUAUAUUUAAAUAAAUUUUUAAAGAAUGAA